AUGUGGGGACCCGGGGUCACGGCCGAGGGCCUGACGGUGGCGCAGGCGCCGCCGCCCGUGCUGCCGCUGCUACUGCUGCUGGCGCUGGCGCUGGUGGCGCCCUCGCGGGGCGGCGGGGGCUGCGCGGAGCUGGAGUGCGGCGAGCGGGAGCGCUGCUGCGACGCGGCCAACGCCACCGCGGUGCGCUGCUGCAAGCUGCCGCUGCACGCCUUCCUGGACAACGUGGGCUGGUUCGUCCGCAAGCUCUCGGGGCUGCUCAUCCUGCUCGUGCUCUUCGCCAUCGGCUACUUCCUGCAGCGCAUCAUCUGCCCCAGCCCACGCAGGUACCCACGCGGCCAGGGGCGACCCGGACAGGCGCGGCCCGGACCGCCGGGGGGCGUCGGGCUGCCGGGGGCCCCGGGACAACCCGACGACGACGAUGACUCGCCCACUCUGCUGCGCGACGAGGCAGCCGCGGGCUCACAAGACUCACUGCUGGACAGUGGCGGCGGCGGCCGAGGCCGGGGAAGCGGCGGUCGCUCGGUCCCCUCCUGCGCCUCGGAGCACGAGCUGCGCGUGGUCUCUCCCGUCUUCCUGCAGCUGCCCAGCUACGAGGAGGUCAAGUACCUGCCCACCUACGAGGAGUCCAUGCGGCUGCAGCAGCUCAGCCCCGGGGAGGUCGUGCUGCCCGUGUCGGUGCUCGGCCGCCCCCGAGGCGGCGGCGCCAGGGACGCCGACGGCGGCGAGGGCCGCUUCCCGCUCAUCUGA